GUUGCACAGUGGUUAAACCCACACUGAGUUCAAUCCUUGAUUGUAAAAACAAACAAAAAAUCUAAUGGGCUGCAUGUAGUAGCAUAGGCCUGUGAUCCUAGCCACUUGGGAAGCUGAGGCAGGAGGAUCAGAGGUAACUUAACAAGAACUUUCUCAAAAUAAAAAUGACUAAGGAAUGUAGCUCAUUGGUAAAACACCCCUGGGUUCAAUCCAAAGAAAAAAGAGGGGGUAGGAAGGGAGGAGGAAGAGGAAGAGGCUCAUGAUCCAGUAGGGGUGAGAGAAUGUGUCUCAUCAGCCCAGGCCAGCCUAUUCCAAGGCCUCUACUGCGUGCUCACCACAUUCAUCCAUCCAUCUCAGUGCAGGAAUGAUGCCAGCCCCCAGACGCACUGGGCCUAUACCACACAUCAGGCCCUUGUGGAAACUCCUAGGCUGCCCACUGCCUGCUGCACCAGACUCUCUGGCUCACAGCUGAGAAAGUUCUGACAUUUGGGCUUGGGCUCUGCCACUGCUGGGUCUCAAUUUCAUCGUGUGUGAAGACGGAUUGUUUACUUUUGUUCAGCUUUACAAUCCUGGCUGUGAGCUGCCUCUUGUGGAAUGGGUACCUUCGAGUGUCCUCUGGGUGGGGCAGCUAACAUCACUGUCUAGAGUGGCACUUGGCAAGCAGGCACUCAGUUGUGUCAGUUACUGCUCCUCCUGACAGUACCAAUGCUCAAAGGACUCUGGGGGCCAGAAGAAGGGAGAGAUAUUGGCCCCUAUCUGCUGGAGUUGAUGGUCUCCGAGGGCCCAGGCCCAGGGCAGCUGGCCCUAGGGAUGUGUGGUCAGCUUACAGAGAGCUCCAGCUGGGAGGCUUCCUGCAGCAGUCCCCGUCUGCUCCUCCAACCUGUCCCUGUCCUGGUGCAGCCACGGGGGUGUUGGGAAUCCCUGCGAGGAGGAGUCACAGCUGAAACAGCAGUCGGCACACGUUCCACCCUUUUCCCGUACCCUUGGAAGGUCGGCCCUCCUGCCUUUGUCCCCAGAGUCCCCGGUUUCUGUAAAGGUCUUCAGUGGCCAACACAUUCAGGGUGGCUCACAGAGGCCUCACCCUGGCUCUAGCCCUUGAAGGGGGUUCUCCCCACCCCAACAGAGUGGCACCACACCUGACAGGACUGUCUGAUUCAACAAGCCAUUCUCACAGGGGGAAGGUUCUGAGACAACACAUGCUUUGGGGCACAAUGAAGGUACAGUUCUAGAAUCGUCCAUUCUAGAAUGUGUCCCCAGCUUCCCAGAGCCUGUGCUCCCACCCAGUCUCUAGGUGUGUUAACCUCCCACCUCCGGCAAGACUCCAGAAACUUGGUGGCUGCCUCGAGGGGUGCAGCUCCUUCUCAGUCCCCUGCUGCCCCAGCCCUUGCCCUCUGACACAGCUUGUCCCACCCUGUGACUGAAACUGGCAGUGAGCUGGACUGCCACGCUCCCUUUGGUAGCACCCUGCCCUCCAUGAAGGGCAGCGGUAGGCUCAGGUUGGACCACAGAACCUUCAUAGAACAGGUGCGAGAAUGCAUGGACAAUGGCUACUUGCUCUCCUCCAAGAGGAUUGGCUCUGGAGCAUUCUCCAAGGUCUACCUGGCCUAUGCCACACAGGAGCGCAUGCAGCACAACCCCAAGCUGUCCUCUGACUUGCGGGGCAAGCACCACACCAUGGUAGCUAUCAAGAUUGUCUCCAUGGCUGAGGCCCCUGUGGAAUUCUCUCAAAAGUUCCUGCCCCGGGAGAUCUCAUCACUCAAUGCUACCUAUAAGCACCUGAACGUGGUACAGCUGUAUGAGACCUAUCAGAACAGCCAGCGCUUCUACCUGGUGCUGGAGUUGGCUGCCCGAGGUGACCUGCUGGAACACAUCAAUGCUGUGUCAGACUACCGACACUGCCCGGGGCUGGAGGAAGAGGAAGCCCGAAGGCUAUUCUGGCAGUUGGUCAGCGCUGUAGCCCAUUGCCACAAUGCUGGCAUUGUGCACCGGGACCUGAAAUGUGAGAACAUACUCCUGGAUGAUCAGGGCUUCUUAAAGCUGACAGAUUUUGGCUUCGCCAACCACUCAAGCCUCAAGAAUUCACUGCUGAGCACCUUCUGUGGCUCUGUGGCCUACACAGCCCCAGAGAUCCUCAUGAGCAAGAAGUACAAUGGCGAACAGGCCGACCUAUGGAGCCUAGGUAUCAUCCUCUACGCCAUGGUGACUGGGAAGCUGCCAUUCAAAGAGAGCCAGCCUCACCGCAUGCUGCACCUCAUGCGCCGUGGACCUAUCUUCCAGCCUGGCCUGUCUCCAGAGUGCCGGGACCUCAUCCGGGGAUUGCUCCACCUGCGCCCACGUGCACGCCUGGGUCUGCAGCAGGUGGCUGCACACCGCUGGAUGAUUCCUGCUGUGCACACACUCUUCUGCUCUUCUGUGGUAGUGGGUACCACAUCAGUUUCAGAGAAGCUAGUGGGUUCACAGCUCCUAGCGCCCCAGGAGGAUGCAGAGCAUGGUGCAGACUCAACCUACCCAAGGAGGCAACAGCAGCAGCACACCUGGGAGGAGAGCACCUUGGGCCUGGCGCUCAGGACCUCCAAUGUCUUCCCCAGACAAGAAGCAGGUUCUGCAGGGCUGGGGCUCCUGUGCACCAAAGCAGGGAGCCAGUCCCUGUCUCUAUACUCUACCUAUGCUGUCAGGAACAUUCCUGGGCACUACAUGAUCAAUUGA